UCUUUAUGAGAAACUGAGCAUCGCUGUGUGUGACGUCCGCGAUAAGGUAGUUUUUUAGCUGUAGUCAAAAAUGGCGUCUGGCGACAGCACAAACAUCUUUCUUUAGAAGAAAGGCUUUUAGCGUUUCUACUUAAUGUUGUUUUAAAGACGUGUUCAGAGGAAAGAGCCGCAGCGAACUCCGCUUCAGUCGCCAUGUUUAUGACAAACUCGGCGUUAUGGUGUGUGACGUACGCUACUCAGUGCUGAUUGGCUCAGUUAGAAUUCUCAGGGGGUGGGGUUAUUGGAAUAGGAGAGUUCCCAGACCCUUUCUCUGUGCAGAAUUAAACAGAGGACGAGUCUGGCAGGCCAGGCUAAGUCCACGGGGCAUCUACAUAUAUGAUGUCUGCAUCUGAAUCAAGUGUCUCCGCCUCCUAGCCAAUCAGCAGCUUACAGGCACAACACCAGCCCGGCUCAGCCCUUGCAAUCACAAUGGAGCAGGGACUGAAAAGUAGAGGAGAAGUAGAAGAAAAUACCAAACUGUGACCCCACAAUCCCAAUCACGCUGAGUAUUGCCACUGGAAAAGGUUUAAAAGUCAUAGUAAACAAAAAUGUUAGAUCCCUAACAAUUUUGGUGACUAGGAAUGUGACAGGUGAAGGAGGGUGUGUAUUUUCUUAUUUUUUCCAAAGGCGAGUUUUAGGCAUAUAAUUCCUACACCGAAGACUGACAGAAAAUUGAUGGACUGUUUUUCUUUUAGCUAGAAGUGUUUAUACAGGCAGUUCAAAACUAUAUGGCAACACAAGCAGAUGCAAAAAGUUAAAUUUGCAUAAUAGAUCCCAUGAAACCAACCCUGGGACACAUUGGCAUGACAUUGCUGUUGUCCGAGCAGAUUCCUUGUUCUAUUGCUAUCAAAGUAUUUUUUUCUGUCAAAUUAUGCCAUUUUAUCGAGGUGCUAUUGUGAAGUACUCUUUUUCCUAUUCUUACUAGCAUCAAAAGAUGUCAAAGAAGAAAUGUGUGGUCUCCCUUCUCAUUUGUGCUCUCAGUCUUGUGGUCUUCAACAGCAUCUACUUCAGCUGGAAUCUGGAGGCCUUCCAUUUUGGGUACCCCUCCUACACUCACACAGACUCCGAUCUGAAGCCUAAGCACACCAACAUAGUCUUCCUCAAGACCCACAAAACAGCCAGCACCACUGUGCAGAGCAUGCUAUUUCGCUUUGCUGAGCGCAACAACCUGACAGUGGCAUUUCCCAAACCAGCAUGUGGUCACCAGUUUUGCUACCCAAAUGUCUUCUCUGCUGAGUUUGUUCAUCCUCAAACACAACCACCUAAUAUAAUCGCCAAUCACAUGCGCUUCAAUAGACAUGAACUGCAAAACCUGAUGCCAAACAAUACAAAAUACAUCACUAUCCUGAGAGAGCCAGCUUCUAUGUUUGAAUCUUUGUUUGCCUACUACAUCAACCACGCCGAGGCAUUUAGGCGAGUCCCUGAUGGCUUCAUGGAGACCUUCUUAGAAGACCCCUUACAGUACUACUGGCCGAAGGAGGACAAUGCCAUGUAUGUACACAACACUUUGACCUUUGACUUGGGUGGAGACAAAGAUCGGCCAGCAGCAGACGUGGCUUAUGCACAAGAAUUUGUGGCAGAGGUGGAGAGAGUUUUCUCCUUGGUGAUGAUUUCUGAGUAUUUUGAUGAAUCUCUAGUCCUACUUCGACAUCUCCUCUCUUGGGAUUUGCAGGACAUUCUGUAUGUGAAACUCAAUAUGCGAAAAGAAAGCUCUAAGAAGAGUCUUUCACCUGCUCUUUCUCAAAAGAUCCGUGCCUGGAAUACUGUAGACGCACAUCUUUAUGACUACUUUAAUGCCUCAUUGUGGGUCAAACUGUCAGAGCUGGGUCUAGAUUCUGUGGCGAAGGAAGUGAAACAUCUUCGACAAGCCCAGGAGAAGCUAAUAAAACGCUGUUUUGGUGGGCAGAUGCCACUUCUGCGGUCAGCUUCUGAAAUCAAGAGCAAGAAACUUCGCCCCUGGCAGCCCAGCGAAAACGUUGGAAUAGUUGGUUAUGACCUCCCCUCAAAUAUCAGCCUUGAAACAAAGGAGCUCUGUCUCAAGUACAUCAUGCCAGAGGUAUCUUAUACACCUAUGUUUCUUCAUUCACAGUUAUUGCAGCACCACCAAAACCUUACAAGCCCUUCUUAGUUUAUCAGUUACAGAAGACCCAAACAAAAACUGGGUCUAAGCUAAAGGUUGGCUCAAUGGCUGGUUCAGGGGCGGCGUUAGGCCCGGCUACUUGGGCUGAAGCCCCGGAUGUUUCAUGAAAAGCCCCGGAUCUAAAUCGCGGAAGUAACAUGCAGUACCAAAGUCCAACAGAGAGGGAGCAGCUGGCAGUAGUUUGUAUACAGCCUGCCUGAGCCUCCACCACUGAAGAAGAAGCCCUUCAGCAGCCGGCUUCUUCUACACUCUGCCUGAAACGCAUGUGUGAAGAUGGACAUAAGGACGUUUUUUAGACCAAAAGUACCGCAACAGAACCCCAGCUUUGAUAAGACUGGUGUUGACUCAGGUUUGUGAGUCUUCUUUGAAAAUAUUUGUUGUGCUGCUGGUUUGCCUAAAGUUAGCUUACUAUCAGGUAAAGUUGAUGGAGAAAGAAAGGGAAUAUUUACUAUCAUCUCACACUAAACACUAACAGGAACAAUACUCUGCCCUGAAUAUGCUUAAUAUGUAUCUUCAGAUUAAAAAUUAUGUGGUACAAGACAUGUAUGAUGUUGACUAGUGCGUGUCACGUGUGUGUGCACGCGUGCGUGCAUGUGUGUGUUAAGCCCCGGAUCUUCUUCAGUCCUAAAUCCGCCCCUGGGCUGGUUUCUGCAUGCCAGCUACAGUAGACCAGACAGAGUUUUUAUUUAAAAGUGGUCAACUAAGGAAAUCUGUUUGUAAAACUUGUACUUUAGAGUUGGUUGAAUGUAUUGAAUUUUUUAUAUAUUCAUGUUCAUUUCAGAAUAGCUGUUGAUGUACAUCACCCAAUGUCCUUGAUCUUGUUCAGGGCCAUGGAGCACUGGUGUCCAUCUCCAGUAGUUAUUGAACACCCUGGAUCGGCUGCCAGUCCAUCCCAAACCCUAACCCUAUUCUUGAAAUGAAUGGACUUUUUAAAAAGCAGUUUAAAUGUAAGCAUCAUCCAGUAAAGCACAGCUGAAUUACUUUUGGGGUACACCCAUUUCAUGAAGGCCACCACAGCCAACUGACUUUAUAAACUACAAAACAUGUUAUAACCCAAUCAGUUUCAUUCACAUUGAGCUCAGAUUACACGUUGGUUAAAUCACCAGAGCUCACAAAGGUUGCCAGAAACUGUUGGAGUCAACAUUGUCUGUGGGCAAAAUAACUUUAAUCAACCAAUUUCAACAGAACUCAAACUAUUCAUUGGCUGCAUGUCUACAAAUGGUUAACUUUAGGAAACAAUCUAUGUUCAGACGGCCAUUAUGAAGCUAAAUUUACCCAUAAUUAAGAGUCUUUCAGUGCUACACUACCAGUGUUAACAGAUGGGGUUAACUUCUGAAACUAAUGCUUUUAAGGUUUUCACACAACUUUGAAUUUUAAUUUAUACAUAAAGGAUUUGGCGAGGUGCCCUUGACUGUAAAAGGUGUUUGUCAACGAUGACUCAUGAUAUGAUCCCUCAAUUGGAUGCUGUUUCCUUGAAAACUGCCACGCUGAAUAUGAGGUGAUCUUUUAUAUAGUCAAACUUUGCUUUUAUUUCAGAACAUUUUUGUGUCUCAAGUAUAAUGCAAAUCUGAUGUCAUGGCAGUAUUGAUUAUUUUUCUAUUUCCUGUUUAUUUGGUCAGGUUGUAAA